UAAUAAUUCAGUGCCAAAAAAAAAAACAACUCUUCUUUUCCUCCUCAUUUCUCUUCAAAAUCCUCCUCGCUUCCCCAUUUCCUCUUCACAUUCUCCUCUUUGUUUCCUUCCAUUUGCGGCUUCUGCAUUUAUAAGUUAAUCACUCCCUCUCAUCCUCACCCAUCUACUUUCUCCGCAUAGACAACUGAUUUUCCUCAAAACCCACUUCCAGAUUCUACCUAGUGUUCUGAUUUUAGUUUUCUUUAACCCAAAUUGUAUGUUUCUUCUUCAUCUUCUUCGUCUAGCUCCUGGCGGUACAGAUUAUAACAUGAUCUAGUAAUCGCUCCUUAAACUACUUUCGAAUCUAUUCAUCUUCUGGAAGCUGGAAAAUAGAAAUUCGGUUGGGUUUUUCUUCCUGGUUGGUGCAUUAGAUUGAAUGGAGAAGGGCAUGGAAAUGGAGCAGAGAAGCCUUGUUAAUGAGUUGAAACAAGGGAAAGAGCUGGCAAAGCAACUAAGGAAUCAUCUAAACCCUUCUUCAUCCGAAGAGACACGCCAAUUCUUAGUUGAGAAAAUACUUUCUUCUUACGAAAAAGCACUUUCAUUACUCAACUGGGCUCCUCUUGUCCUGGAAACUCAACCCCCUGCCGUUAAUCCUACCUUAGGAUCCCCACAAAGUUCCUUUGCCAAUACUAGCCCUAGAAGCGACGGCUCCAAUCUUGAAUGGAAGGAUCAAUGCUCAAAAGGUGCUCAUAAAAAGAGGAAGACAAGUCCGAGAUGGACAGAACAAGUGAAGGUUUGUUUGGGAGUAGGAGCAGAAGAUGGUUAUUGCUGGAGAAAAUAUGGACAGAAGGAUAUUCUUGGAUCAAAUUUUCCAAGAGGAUAUUAUCGAUGUACACAUCGCCACACCGAAGGUUGUUUAGCCACAAAGCAAGUUCAAAGAUCAGAUAGUGAUCCUACAGUCUUUGAGGUGACCUAUCGAGGAAGACAUACAUGUAAUACCCGAUCCUCUAAUUUAACUAUGGCAACUACAAAUCAAGUUUCAAAAGAGAAUAAAGAUAAUCGUCAAGAACAACAACAACUCCUCCAACAACAAGAGUUGUCCUUCAAUUUUGGUUCAAAUUUUAAAGUGAAGACUGAGGACUUGGACAUGAGGGACGAAAUUUUUCCAUCAUUUUCUUUCCAUGUUGAAUCCGAGAACGUGAACAAUAAUGAUAUUUUCUGGGAAAGCAAUUUCAUGGAAAGUUUUUCUUCAACUUUCUUACCUCCCACCACAUCUGAAUCUAACCAUUUCUCAGCUUCGCCAUGCCAUAUGACCAAUUAUAGACUAGGACAAAUUGUGCAAUCUUCAGAAUCUGAUCUCACAGCUGAAAUCAUCUCAGCACCAACUUCAGUCACCAAUUCACCCAUGGAGGAUUUUGGUCUUUCUUCUCUUGAUAUGGAAUUCCCAUUUGACAAUGUGCAUGAGAUUUUUUCCUGUCAUGGGGGUGAAAGGAAUUGAAGAGGGUUAGGAAUCCAUACCAAGUAAAGUAGCAUUUUGUCAGCUCGUUGAAAAAUGAUCAUGACUCAUGAAAGUAUCGAAAAUUCAUAUAUAGCUUUAUGGAUUUCUCCAACACUACUGGCGUAAAUUUUUUUUUUUCUUUCGGUAGGUAGUUUACAAUUCUUUUUCUUUUCCUUUUUCUUGCCCUUUCAUUGUAUAAUUCUUUUAGGAAAAUGAGCUAAAUUGCAUGCGUUUUUAAUUUUUGUUCAUAAUUGUUGAAGAAAGAAAUAAAAAUUAAACUUUUUCUU